AUGGAUUGUCAUAUUUGAAAGUAACUUUUGUCAAUAGCUCUGGAAUGUCUUUCCUCACCGUAUUUUUGUUGAGUACAUUGGUGGCCUAUCCAUUAUCUGUCUCUGUCCAGGCCAAGCUGACCUCCGUGGUACUGAAGGCUAACCCAGGCCUUCUCCUGGUGCAGGGAGAGGCUCUGACCCUCACCUGCAUAGCAGGGCUGGUGCCAGGGAGCCAUAACAACCAUCAGCAGGACUCUGAGCCUUCCCCACUGACAACUGCCCUGACUUACAGCAUUCAGAGAGGAAACACAACUGUGUCCAGCGGGUCCCAGGUUCUGCUGAUAGACCGAGUUACCAAGAGCCACUCUGGCAAAUACAGAUGUAAUGUUACUGACCAGUCAGGUACACAGAGGUACAGCAAAGAGGUGCAGGUUACUGUGGAUGAGGGUCUGCUAAUGCCCACUCUGAGUGUAGAGCCUACAGGAGGACAGGUGUAUGGUGAUAACACAGUCACAUUUGCGUGUCACUUACCUGGCCACCCGGAGCUGGGCUGGCAGUUCUACUGGUACAAAGACAGGCGGGACACAGGCUCUGUGGAGCAGGUAUGGGGCAGUGCUGGAGGUGGGGCAGUCUACAGACUGUGGCGAGCUUCUGUCACACACACAGGCCAAUACUGGUGCAGAGCAGGAAGAGGACAGCCAGUCUUCUACACUAACUACAGCCAGACAGUCUCUGUUAAUGUCACUGAGGUCUUCAUAUCAGUGACUUUGUCAGCAUCUCCUUCAACUGUUGUCAAAGAGGGCAGCGCUUUCAACCUCAGCUGUGAGGCCCAGGUUAGUCAGCAGAGCCACGGUCUAAGCCAUCCUGGCCAUAACUGGACUGAAGUGGUUGUGAAGUUCACAUUUCUGAGGAAUGGCUGGCCAGUUAUGAGGGACUCUGUCAGUGGUUUGUACAGAGUAGCAAGGGCUUCUAGCUGUUACAUGGGGACUUACAGCUGUGUGGCCAGCACAGGAAGGUCCAGAAGGAGCAGCCAUGAGGUCAUCAUCACACUAGACAACCUGUCUCUGAUACUGGUUACCUGCUUUGGCACUGUGGUGAUCCUCUCUGUGGCGCCGGUGGCAUUCCUCAUGAGGCUGUGCUUCAUGAGAUGUAAGUGGCAGCAUAGUGGAUCUCAGUGCGACUCUGGACUCUUUGGUUCAACAACCACAGUGUCUCCUCUUUAUGUGAUCAUACAGUGCAGCGACUCAGAGGUAGAGGACAAGUAGAAGUGCAUUGCAAUGAUCUCAGUGCAAUACAGGGACCGUAAUGAGAGGAAGGACAGAAUCUGCAUCAGGACCUGAUGAC